AUGAAAACCGAAUCAGAGGAAAUAUCUGACGAGCUUGAACGAUUAAACGAAUUAACCAAAAAGUUUAUCGAAGUACUUACCGCCCGUAUUCAAGCAUCUUCAAGGCCCGAUCAACAUCCUAAUCCCGAUGCCUAUUAUACGUAUGAAGAAAAAGAAUAUGCGCGAAUUAAAGAAAAAAGUGAAAGAACCCCUGAAAUCGUACCUGAAGCUGGAUGGUGUUUGAAACUCACCGAAGGUGAAAAGCUGGGUGGAAUUGAAGUCGAAAAGAACGAAAAUGAUGGAAUUAGAGUUGAAAAGAGCCAACCCAAGGCCCCCACCUACCAAGAAUUAGCGGAAAUGGGUCAAAAAGAUAGUGACCAAGAGCCGAAUAUCUUCAGUGAUCGUCUCUGCGACGAAUUAAAUCUGUACAAAAAUCCUUGGCACGACCACGAAAGUCCUAUAGUGCAUCUCCCCGAUGCUAAGGAUUGUACCAUCGACAAAAUUGACAAAGACGCUGAAGAUGACAAAUCGGAUGGACAAUUCGACCCCAGUGGACCUUGUUACCGGAAUGAGCGCCGUCUUGAAAAUGAGAAUUUUCCCCCUGAACAAUUCCGUGGUUAUAAUGCUUCCCCUGGUCAAGUUAUACGAAAAUCUGCGAAAAUGGGCAUAAAACGAAAGAAACCGCCGCUGGAUGAAUACAUCAUAGAAAUCAAGAUUCAGAGAAGCCUGCCUGAUAAAAAUAGAAAAGGAAUAGG